AUGUCGGGAUUUCAGUUUCUUACUCUGGUCACCGAUAAUGAAGAGGGACAGCCUUCCACUUCCAUUGAGUGGGUUCAGUCAGAUUCUUGUGAGCCAACUCUGUUGCCAACCAAAAGUUCAGGGUUCCCAAAGUCUGCACUGGCUUUUCUGGAUGCUAUUAAUAAGAAUAGGUCCUGUCAGAAGUUUCUUCGAAGUAAGCUAAUACAAAUCCAAGCGAAAAUUGAGGAGAACAACAAACUGAAGCAGCGUGUCAAAAUCCUUAGAGACUUUCAAGCUCAUUGCAAAAGACGAACAGGAGAGGCGCUGUCCCAAAAGAAGGAUCCUCGUGUCCAGUUAAUUUUAACGAAAAAGCCAAGGGCUGAUUCAAAGGCUCAUGACAGAGCUAUCUCAGCUAUGUCUUAUGGCCCAGAAGAAAAUUCACAUGUUGCCAACUACAGAAAGGCAUCGACAAAAUUUCCACUUUCAUUAGAUCGAAAAAAUUGGUCAGAGGUAGAAAAGAAAGAUCUUCAAAAUGGAAUAAGACAGCAAUUUCAGGAAAUGGUGCUUCAAUCUUCCGUAGAUGAUUCAAGUUAUUCUGAGACACCUCAUGGAGACUCAAAUGACAUUGAUAAAAUUUUGGCUUCAAUCAAGGAUCUCGAAAUUACCCCAUAUAGCAUUAGAGAGUUCCUGCCUAAGGUUAACUGGGAGCAGUUGGCUUCCAUGUAUGUUCCUGGUCGCUCUGGUGGAGAAUGUGAAGCAAGGUGGUUGAACUGGGAGGAUCCCUUAAUCAAUCAUGGACCAUGGACAACAGAUGAGGAUAAGACAAUUCUGUAUCUUGUCCAGAAGAAGAAUGGGGUCAAUGAUUGGAAUAAUAUUGCAGAAGCAGUGGGGACUAACAGGACUCCAUUUCAGUGCUUGUCACGCUACCAAAGGAGCCUAAAUGCUUCUAUACUGAAACGGGAGUGGACCAAGGAUGAGGAUGCAAAACUUGCUUCUGCUGUAGAAGCUUUUGGUGAGGGUAAUUGGCAGUCUGUAGCUUCUGCUUUGAACGGACGAACUGGUACUCAAUGCUCUAAUAGAUGGAAGAAAUCACUUCAUCCAACCAGGACAAGAGCAGGUAAGUGGACUCCAGAGGAAGACAAACGCCUGAUAGUAGCUCAAAUGCUUUUUGGGUCAAAAAGUUGGAAUAAGACAGCUCAGUUUGUGCCAGGCCGAACUCAGGCACAAUGCAGAGAUAGAUAUGUCAACUCUUUAGAACCUUCUUUGAGGUGUGGUGAAUGGACUGAAGAAGAGGACUCAAGGUUGAUAGCAGCAAUUGAAGAAUAUGGACAUUGCUGGUCAAAAGUUGCUGCAUGUGUGCCUCACCGGACUGAUAAUAUGUGCUGGAGGAGAUGGAAGUUGUUGUUUCCGGAUGAAGUGCCCUUGCUCAGAGAAGAGAAAAGAAUACGUAAGACUGCUCUCAUCCGCAACUUUGUUGAUCGGGAGAAAGAACGUCCAGCCCUUGGCCCUAAUGAUUUUCUUCUACAAGACGUUACCUCAAUGAAAACUUUAACUUAUCCUAGGAAGACGGGAGGAUUAAGUCAAGUUCCAAAGAAGAUUAAACCCAGGAGGCAUAGAAACGAUGCUCAACUUUGCUCUGAGGAAGAACCUGGGACAAGCAAUUCUGAGGUUGAGACUUAUGAUGGGGAAGAUGCCUCAAAGAAGAAGAAGAAGAAGAAAGUUCUUAAACAGCGUCAAAGAAGGCACAAAGACAAUGAACCCACAGGAGACUGUGAGGCUGUUUUACCUGUACCAAAGAAGAUUAGACCCAGGAGGAAUAGAAACAACGGUCAAAUUCCUGGGAUAAGCAAUUCUGAGGUUCGGACAUGUGAUGGGGAUGAUGGCCCGAAGAAGAAGAAAGUUCUUAAACAGCGUCACAGAAGGCACAAAGGCGCUGAACUAACAGGAGAGUGUAAGGCUAUUGUACCUGUUAGUAAUGAGGAUGACACACACAAAGAACCCACAGAAAUGUCUUGUUCAGAUGCCCUGAAGAAGAAGAAAGUUCUUAAACAUCGUCACAGAAAGCACAAAGGCACUGAACCAACAGGAGAGUGUAAGGCUAUUGUACCUGUUAGUAAUGAGGACGACGCACGCAAAGAACCCACAGAAAUGUCUUGUUCAGAUGCCCUGAAGAAGAAGAAAGUUCUUAAACAUCGUCACAGAAAGCACAAAGGCACUGAACCAACAGUAGAGUGUAAGGCUAUUGUACCUGUUAGUAAUGAGGAUGACGCACGCAAAGAACCCACAUCGAUGUCUUAUUCAGAUCAAAUCAUAGGAACAUCAGAUGAAGAUGAUACUGUUUCUUACUAUCUACAUAAAUCAAGGAAGAGAAAGCUUGAAGCUGAUCUGGCUGUUAUGCAACAUGAGCCAGCCAUAGCUUGCAAUAAACCUGGUCGACGAAAAUUAGUCAGAGGGCAAAAGCUUGGCCUCCAAGAACCAAUGAGGGGAGUGUUGAGAAUUUGUCCAGGAAGUGAUCAUGAGACUGAUGAUCCUGUUGUGGCUUCCACGGGGAAAAAGAAUUCAAAAAAGAGGCAUGCUCAAACUACCAAACGGCACAUCAUUUGUAAUGAUCCCGAUGCAGGAGGUCUACCUAAACAAGAGGAGGUCACAAUCAAAUCUGGGAAGGAACAAGUGAGCGCUGGUGCAGACAGCGGCGAUGAUAUAACACUUGCUUGUUUUCUUAAUAGAUUAAAGAAGCGACGUGAAUCUGGCAGAGGAGAUAUUCAGAUGCCGAGGUGAUAUUCGGACUUUUCAUUUGUACAUGCACUGUACUUUUUAUAGGUAGAACUCCUUUAGACUAAAUUAGACAAGCCAUUCAAAAGGAUUGCUAAUCAUCCUGCUGCAAGUCAAUACAGAAGGUAGUAUCUAGCCAUCUAUCUACCUUCGACAGUGUUUGUCUGUUCUGAUUUUGGGAAUCGUGUAUAGAAUAGAAAGAUAUAGUGCAAUUAUUCAAAAAAAGAAAAGAAAGAUAUAGUGCAAUGCAUUCAAAGGAUUCAAAAGUGCUCAUUUUAGUGUUGAUUGCUUCUUCCCAACAAUAGCUAGCAUUCUGAUUUGGUUUGGUAUAUUGCCUCAUUUGCUCA